UCCGCGAAAAGAAGACACGCGAUGGAAAGCGUAAAUAUUUACAUCUCUUGAGUGUACGCUGGAGCAUUUUUUUAUUUGUAAUCAUGAUAGACGGGAACAUCUCGAUGGAGGAGGACACGGAACUACGGGACCUGGUGGUGCAAACCCUGGAGAACAACGGCGUCCUCGCUAAAGUACGGGCGGAACUCAGGGCGAGCGUGUUCCUGGCACUCGAGGAGCAGGAUUCGGUGAUGAAUCCCGAGCCGCUUCUCAACAAAACUGUAAAGCAGUACCUGUCCAAUUCAGAAGGAAAAUUAUUGUUUUGCUUGGUUAGGGAGUUCCUAGAAUACUUCGGUCUCGACUGUACUAUAUCCGUGUACGAUCCCGAGACGUACUUCGGAAAGGAAUACAAUUACGUAGGAAGGAAUAAGUUGUGCGAGGAGUUAGGUAUCGACUCGACCGAGCCGUUGCUCGGGGAAAUUCUCAAGAACAGCAUCAAUGGUGCCUUUAAUAGUACACUGAAGAGUAAAAGUAGCAACAGACACGACGAGACGACGGACGAAGCCUCGACGAACUUCGCGAACGCCACGUUCGAGGUGUCCGUGCCCAAGGUGAUACACAAUGAAUCCGUAUCGUCGUCCAACGACAAUGACUCCUCCGAGAAGUUGGAGAGCAACUCCGAGCAGAGCCCGAAAGUUCCAAUAAACGUGACAAUAACGGACAAGAAGUGCAAGGAGGCCGGCGGCCACGUCGCCACGGACACGUCGGAUCGCGAUAAGCAGCGAUCCUCUCUCAGGGAGAACGCACCGGCGGACAACAAUGACGGAGGGAUUGCGAGUAACAGGAACAAUAACGUGAAUUUUGAUAAAACCUCUACAUGCGCGCCGACGACGGCGAGCGUCGCCGCGUCGCCGCGGGAGAACGACACGAUCGCCACGUCCAAUCAAACGGGUCCGUUGAACAAAUCCGAGUCCUUAAUUAAGUUCGACGAUUCUAUAGUGAUCGACACGCAAACCAAUCAAAGCGAGGAUAUAACUAAGCAGAACAGUAUAAAUAGUCUGGAGCUGAGCAUAGGCAAUAAUGUACAAAAUAAGAAGCCGUUGGUGAACGCGGGGGGCAACUUCGGCAAGACUAUAUAUUUCGACGAGAUCAUCGUCGACGGCGAGCGGAGGAACGUUAGUACAAUGAACAAAGCGGAGUCUUUUUUAGAGGAUCUGCCGGCCAUCAAUCAGAAGGCUGGCUCUAUAUUCGGCGAUUUGCCACCGCUGAAUGGCAAGAAGGCCAAUAUCAACGAUCUCAAGGAGUUGAUGGAUAUCGGUCUUGCUACGGACGGCAUAGAUAACUACGAGGAGGACUUCGUGUCGUCGGCGUCCGGCAGCGCGAACGAGCAGAGCCCGGCGAAGGAGCCGGACAAGAUGGACAGCUCGCGGAAUCCGCGCGCGAAGAGGGAGGACAAGGCUCAGAGCGGCCGUACCGAGGAUCUGAGCGAAGAGAUCGAGGAGAUGGACGAGAUCUUGAGUAGUACCUCCUGUAUACGUCAAGAUUUAACGGAGUACCGGACACGCGAGGAGAAGAAGCGGGAGAUCGUUCGGUCUCUGCGACAAGCGACGAGCUCAGUGGACGAUGCUUGCGAUUCGAACGGCACGGAGCGUUCGUUUCGCGCGAGAGGCAAGACGCGAGUGUACCCGAAGAAAGUCUCCGUGUUCGUUCAAGCGGACGCGAACAAACGCGGCGAUAACAACGAAUGCUAUCGUUGUGAGCAUUUCUCGAAUAUCCCGUCGAGCCUGCCCCAGCCGUCCUGUCCGAGAACAGCCGGCCUAAUAGGUCAGUGCGAGGCCGACAUAAGUUUCGUCCAAGCGAUCGUUUGGCUCAAGUCGAGCAUCGCCUGCGUCUCUCAGUUGUCGGUCGAGCAAUUGCAACGAGUAUUCCACAGGCAGUGGGGCGCGCAGGAUGACCGUUCCGAGAAGAAAGGCAGCGACAACAAGCAACGCGCGAAACGACUGAAAUCGCCUCCCGCUAAGAAGCCCCCGACGAGGCCCGAAAUGAUCGACACCCAGGAUAUAUUCGAGAUGUUAACUCCGCGGAACGCGUUCGGCUCGUCCCGUGGUUCUACGUGUGAAAAUUUCCUCCGCUUCGGGCCACGCGCCAUUUCCGGAGAGGCGCAAGUCGAACUUUUCAGCUUGGCCGACGAAUCGUCCACGCACAAACCCUCGGCGCGAGACAAGUGCGCCAGUUGGAUCGUGGAAAGCAAGGGGAGGGAAUCUUCACCGGAGUCUGACGCGAUCUCAAUGGCGGUCGAGGAGUUGCUGCUCGACUCGGAAUGGGAUAUGUCUCUCAAUGAGACGUACGAUAGAUGGGCGGAGUAUCAAAUAGGGAAGCGUAAGGUCGACGAUGUCGCCGAGUGUUCCGCCCAGCCCGCGUCGGAGAGGGCGAAGAAAAGAGGAGAAGCUGCGGGUAGCUCGAAGGCCGAUCCCGGAAACGAAGCCGAUGCGAUGAAGCCGCGAUCGCUUUCCGGAGACAACUUCGCCUUCCUCGUUCACUCGACUACACCCGUAUGCGACGUGUCGAUAUAUCGCGUGCAGAUAAUUUUGGAGCUCUGCAACUCGGUGUCGGUGAGCGUCCCGAUAAUCGAUCACCUGAUAGCGAGGCUGAAGCCGUUUCUGGUCGCGCUGAGCCGCGACACGAAGACUCGGCUCAGGCACGCCACGGUCCAGUUGCAUCUCGUCUUUUAUGCGCUUAAUAUCGCUCUAAGGAAGUACCGCACAGUCGUGCCGAACGCUCGGAGAACCGGUGAGGAAAUCGCGAUACCUCACGUCACGGAUCUCUGGAAGACGCGCUACAUCGACGAGGAACUCGAAUACGCGAGGCUGAAUGUGAACGACGCGGAGAAGCGAUGGCGCGCCGCGUUGGAGGACUGCGCGUCCGCGUUCACGCCGCGCUUUGUGCGGUUCGCCGAGAAAUCGCUGUCACUGGCCCACACGCUGAUCCCGCAGUAG